AUCUGUCAGAACAUAAGCAGAUAUGUAUUUUAAACUUUUAAAUAUCAACGAAGUCAAUUAUAUUUCGAAAUAGGUAUGGAAUUAAAAAUAUAAUAUACAUUAAUCACAAUGUGGCAUAAUUCAAAGGCACUUUGUAAAAAAUAUGUAUCAAAAUGGAGCAACUUCAUUUUCUACAAUCACCAAAGAGUAAGACAUAGCAGUUCAAAAUCUACAGUAAUAACAAACGAUGAUGUUGAUGAUCCACUUCCUAAAGAUGUAAAAGUUGUUAUCUGUGGUGGUGGAGUUAUGGGUGGUGCAGUUGCUUAUCAUCUUUCACUUAUGGGAAUGGGUGAUCAGACAGUUAUUAUAGAAAGCGGCAGAAUUGGAGGUGGAACAACAUGGCAUACUUCAGGAUUAGUUGGUGCAUUCAAGCCAAGUUUGGCGCAGGUUAAGCUUGCUCAAGAUAGUAUAGCUUUAUACAAGGAAUUGGAAGAAAAAGGUUUAGCAACUGGCUGGAAACAAUGCGGUAGUCUUUCUUUAGCACGCACAAGGGAUCGUAUGACUGUAUUUAGACGCAUGAAAGCACAGUCCAUAUCUCGUGACAUUGAAUGUCAUUUAGUUACACCGAAGCAAGUACAAGAAAUAUGUCCCUUGUUGCGAGUAGAUGAUUUAGUUGGUGGAUUAUGGAUCCCAGAUGAUGGUGUAGGAGACCCAUAUCAAAUUUGUUUAACAUUAAUAAAAGAAGCAAAAAAGAAAGGUGUAAAAGUAUUCGAGAACUGUAAAGUUACAAAAGUAGUUACACAAAAUGGUAGAAUUGAAGCUAUUGAAACAACACAUGGUACCAUUGAGUGUCAACAUUUUGUCAAUUGUGCUGGGUUUUGGGCACGUAACGUUGGUAAAUUAAGUGAACCAUAUGUAAAGGUACCACUUCAUCCUGUUGAGCAUUAUUAUUUACACACACAACCAAUUGAUGGCUUAGAUCCUAUGACUCCUGUUAUAAGAGAUUUAGAUGGUUACAUUUAUUUUCGAGAAAACAACGGGAGAUUAUUAGCUGGUGGUUUUGAACCAGUCGCGAAGCCGGCAUUUGAAGAUGGAACAAUACCUGAGAGCACAAAUGAAAGAUUUUUACCAGAAGAUUGGGACCACUUUCAUAUUUUACUCGAACAAAUGCUUUAUAGGAUUCCGAAUUUAGGUGAUGCGGUUUUGGAAAGAUUAUGUAAUGGUCCUGAAGCAUUUUCUCCAGAUUGUAAAUGGAUUGUAGGUGAAGCACCAGAAAUACGUAAUUAUUAUAUUGCAGCUGGCAUGAAAACUGUCGGUAUAUCAGCAGCAGGUGGAGUUGGGCGAGCAACAGCAGAAUUAAUAGUCAAUGGUUCGACAUCUCUAGAUAUGUAUGAACUAGAUGUGUCACGCUUUUUGGGCCUUCAUAACAAUCGAAAAUUUUUACGUGACCGAGUAAAAGAAGUUCCUGGUAUGCAUUAUGGAUUACAAUAUCCGCAUCAUGAAUUCAAAAUAGGCAGAAACUUGAGAAUGUCACCAAUUUAUCCAAAACUUAAAGAAGCAGGAGCUAUUUUUGGGCAGGUAAUGGGAUACGAACGACCAACCUGGUUUCAAUUAGAUGAUUAUAAGGAUUUGGAAACAAUUGAUGGCUUUCAAAGGUAUAAGAUAGCAUACACAAAUACAUUUAAUAAACCACCAUGGUUUGAACCGGUACAUGAUGAAUACGCUGCAUGCCGUGAAACAGUUGGACUUAGCGACUAUUCGUCUUUCACUAAAAUUGACUUAUGGUCAAAUGACUUGGAAGUAGUAGAUCUAUUGCAAUACUUAUGUUCAAAUGAUGUAGAUGUACCAGUAGGAAGUAUUAUUCACACUGGUAUGCAAAAUGAUCGUGGAGGCUAUGAAAAUGAUUGCAGUUUGGCACGUAUAGCUCCUAAUCAUUACAUGAUGAUCGCUCCCACUAUUCAACAAACCCGCUGUAAACAUUGGAUUAAUCGUCAUUUACCUGCUGAUGGUGCCGUUGCAGUGUCUGAUGUGACAUCUGCAUAUACAGCAAUCUGUAUCAUGGGUCCUGCUACUAGACAAUUACUUUCAGAAUUAACCGAUACUGAUCUUAAUCCUAGAAAUUUUCCAUUUUUCACUUUUAAGGAAUUAGAUGUUGGUCUUGCGAACGGAAUACGCACGAUGAAUCUAACUCAUACUGGAGAACUUGGCUAUGUUUUAUACAUACCAAAUGAGUUUGCAUUACACGUUUAUACAAGAUUAGUAGAUGCUGGAGUUAAGUAUGGAUUAAAACAUGCUGGUUAUUAUGCGACACGUGCGUUACGUGUAGAAAAGUUUUAUGCUUUUUGGGGCCAAGAUUUAGAUACAUUUACAACCCCCUUGGAAUGUGGAAGAGCUUGGAGAGUAAAACUUGAUAAAGCAGUAAACUUCAUUGGAAGAGAUGCUCUUUUGAGACAAAGAGAGGAGGGUGUAAAACGCAAGUACGUGCAGUUAUUAUUAAAUGAUCAUGAUCUUGAGUUGGAUUCAUGGUGUUGGGGCGGUGAGCCCAUUUAUAGAGACGGAAAAUAUUGUGGAAUGACAACUACUACAGGUUACGGAUUCACAUUUAGAAAACAGGUUUGCCUUGGAUUUAUACAAAACAUCGACUCGCAAGGACGGCCCCAAGAAGUAACAAACGAAUAUGUAUUAUCGGGGACCUAUGAAGUGGAUGUGGCAGGUAUAAAAUUCCCAGCAAAAUGCCACCUACAUAGUCCAAAUUUGCCAACCAAGUUCCCAGAUAAGGAAAGAGACUCUUAUCAUGCAACACGUGAUCAGCAAGUUGUGUAACGUCGACGAUACAAACUCCGAAAUGUGUACAAAUAAUGUAUAUAGAAAUAAAAUUAAUAAAUUACUUAAUAAGCGACAAUAAUAAAUCA